AAAUUACCCUGAUGGAGUCUGACGCGGUGGGAUAUGAUGACCUGGUGGCGAGUCAAACAUUUGCUCUGGGGGAACUAGAACUCAACAAACCAUUACUUAAGACUUUUAAAUUCAACAAGGUAUUCUCAACCAUUUAAGCCCUAAGAGUGAUCAGCAUCAAAAUUCUCCUGAUAAUAUCAAUACUCUGUAAAGCAGAGUGGUCAUGAGAAUUACGGACAUGAUCACACAAGAUGAAUUUGCUUGAUAUUUUAUCAACUUCUCCCCACUAUUUCUGUAGGAAAUGAAUAGGGGCAACAAAUGAGAAUUCAAAUUUUGAUCUUAGGAUUUACGGGGUUGAAAUGGCACUAUGAAUGAACAAGGGUGUGGAUAUGGUCAGUGUUUAAAACUAAUUGUUGAAAUGUAUUUCUUGGGCGUAUCUAAAGGUCUAUUUGUACAUUUCAGGAAUCGGAAGUUGACGUGGAGAUGAAAGUUGCAGUAAUGUAAGAUUGAAAUAUCUAGCUUUGUUACAUGUAAAACUGUGAAAGGUUUGAACCCAGGAGUCAUUUCAAAAGUUAUACAACUCACUUUGACUCUGAAGAUGACUACCGCACAGGUUGUCGAAACGUCAGUCUCUGUCAACAACAACAGUCCUAUUCAGGGCUACGUUCACCCGGACGAUCAAACUCAACCUACUUUUGUUAAAUGUAUUCUGAAUAUCAAAAGAUUGUUUUCAAUGGUAUUUUGUACGACUAAAAUCAGCUCUCUUAACGUUGAGAGAGAGUUGACCGUAUUUUCCUUUCUUCUACUUAGGCAGUAUAGAAUCCGGGUUGACGAAUUGAGGAAAAAUAAAUACAAAACUCUCCUGGCCACUGAGUAACAUCAUAAUAUGUCAAAACUGAAUAAUUUUCUUGUUUGUAGCACUGCUCCUACUGAUAUGCGAUACAGCGUGGAGUUGUGUGAAGAGGAAAAGAAAUUCUUGCAGAAAAGGGAAAAAUUUGUCUUUGAAGCAAUGAAAAAGCUACUCGGAAAAGACGGACCAAAAACAAUUGAUGAGGUUAGUGCGACAAUCACACGAGCCCAGAACCUCAUGGAUACAAGAAUGAUUAUUUUUUGCAGAAUUCGGCACCCAUAUUUAUCCUAGCCAUAAGCGCAUCCAGGAUCAGUUAAUCUGAGGUUGAUAUUGUGAUAGUAGGGGAAACACCUUCAUCCUUCUCUUUUGUUUGAAAAGUACAUAACCGAGUCUACAGCUGAGUCUACCUGAUACUGAACACUUCACCUUUGGUUAGUUUUCGGCGUACAUGGUGUACAUGUAUUCAGAGAAUAAUAUUUUGGCCCCGGAGGGCUGGGGGGUUAGGUUGAUCCUUUUCUUUGGAGGGAGGGGAAGACAAGACAAUUCUUGUUCCAACUUUAUAAUCUGCAAAGGGAAUAGCCCGUGAAUGCGCCUGUGCAGAUGUGUACCUUUGCAAGGGGCGAUAUUAUAUAUAACAUCGAUAUUGAGUGGCAACCUCGAGGGCGCACUUGUGUUGAUCACUAUUAUACCCUUUGUUUUGUUUUGUUUUUUUUUUUCAGGUCCCUAAAAUCGCCGUUGUAGGUUCUGGCGGUGGAUUCCGUGCUAUGGUGUCACUCAGCGGUGUUUUUUGUGCUCUCAAGGACAUGGGCUUGCUGGACUGCGUUAUGUACACAGCAGGACUUUCUGGAUCGACCUGGUAAGAGUUACCCCGAGCACGAGAAUUUGUUUGAGAAACCUAAAUUAAUCCGUUUUUUUCCUUCCGUGCGGCGGGAUCGCGGCCGAUAUUAAUUAUUAAUUGUCUCACACAGAUUAUGGUUUCGGGUUAAAUGUCUUAAAAAGGGUAUCAAAAAUCGGAAUUCUGUCUUAAACAGGGUAGGAAAAUCAGCGAUUUGUGUCUUAAACAGGGUCAGGGUAUGAGGGGCCGGGCCGCACCUCCCCACCCGAGGAUAUAUCGAGUGCCCCCCCGGGACCCGAAGACGAGGAGACGCGAUGACAAGGGGAAGGGGAAUAGGAAGGCUCUUGCACCACUCCCCACGAACGCCCCUCCUCCCCCCCGCAGCACCAUGCCUCUUCUUGAGUCCGUUCAGUCCACACAGUAUUGCGGAUGAUGCGCGCGUUUUUAACUUGUGUUCAACUAUCACUUGUGGACCAAUUUCUUACAUCAACUGUCCAUUUCUUAGGUACCUCUCUACACUCUAUUCACAUCCCGAGUGGCCGAAUGUUCAUCCCCGAAAAGUAAGAGACGAGCUGCGUGAAAACGUGAAAGACAACUGGAUGUGGCUGCUGUUGACUCCAUCCUGGAUGUACAAGCACGUUAACAUUAUUCUGCAGAAGAAGUCGAAGGGUCAGCCAGUCAGCUUUACAGACUUCUUUGGGUACCUGGUGGGCGACACCAUUCUAAAGGACGUGAGUUUAUGUAGCCUUUUCCAGGCUCUUAGAUAGUAGGGAUGACACCUAAGUGAAGAGCACGCGAAAAUAUGAGCGCGUGAUCCAGAAAAGGGGCCCAAUUUCGCGAAUUCAUCUAUCUCGGAGGAAACUGAACGUUUGUAGUUAGAGAGGGGAUCUCCAGUCAGUAUUCGCCAUUGUCAAUGUGAGCUGAGUACAUAUACACUAAAAGAUAGUAAAGUCGAGAUUGAAAGCCCUGUUAUUAUACAAGUUCGUGAAAGAGUUGGCAGCGGGUUGGAGGAGGCGGGGGGGAGGGGGCCUUAUCACGAGAGGUACAGGACAUAAUUCCUCAAGAAUCCCCCCUGGAAUAGUAUACCCUAUCGUGUCCAAAUCAGGGAAUUUUAAAUCCUGAAUAACUAACAGUAAUGGGCCGUUGACCGCGUCUUUUAAGUGCAACUUAAUUUAUCCUAAGAUUACCUUUUUUAUUUCAAAGCGGAAAGAAAUUCCAACGCUCAGCCAGCAACAACAAAUUGUGAAAGAUGGCACGGUCCCUUUUCCGCUAUACACUUGUCUACAUGUAAAGAAAGAUGUGUCUGCUCAAAAGUUCUGCGGUGAGAUAUAACUUUUUGUGUUUAAGUCAAACUAAGUAGGUACGGGUUUUAAAGUAUUCAAUUCUUGGAAAUUAAGAGUAUAGACAGUAUAGAAUUCAGGAAGGGCAUGGGAUCUGGAAAUGGUAUUCUCAAACUCGUUAAUAAUUCAUAAAGAGAAAACAAAGAAAAUCACAACCGUGACGGUGGUUUGGAAUUACCGUAAAAUUUUGCGAACUUUAUCUUUGAAUUUCUCCAAGAAUUAUUGUUCAUUUGAGAAGCUAACACAAAAACUCCACUCGGUGUUUCUUUCGAUAUCAUGACACCUCGAAGUUGGUCUUGAAAAACUCGGCUGCGCCUCGUUUUUCAACCCACUUCUCGGUGUCUGGAUAUCGGAUGAAACACUGCGUGUCUUUUCAGAUAUGUUACAACAAAAAUGAAAUCUAAAUACGGACAACUUAGAUGAGAUAGGGAAAUUUUGUUGUCUACUUAAACUGCGUUAUUGUUCUUUGGAAUCUUUGGACAAAAUGAUGAUGAUAAUAAUUAAUAAUGAUGAUGAUGAUGAUGAUGAUGAUGAUGAAGAUGACGAUGAUGAGUAGCAUACUUUAAUGAUUUUUGCAUAAGUUUUGAUCACUAGCUCAUUUUAAAAUAUACCACUUUGAAGAGCUGCAUCGACUAGUUUGCCUAUAAACGUUUGUUCUCUUUCGCAGAAUGGGUCGAGUUUAACCCUUACGAAAUAGGAAUGGUAAAAUAUGGCACUUUUAUGAAGACUGAACAUUUUGGAAGCAAAUUCUUCUGCGGCAAACUCCUGAAUCAUUAUGAAGAACCCUCCCUGCAUUAUAUGCAAGGUAAGUGAAAAAUAAUGCAAUAUCCCUGAAUAAAAUCACUUCAUAAAAAUAACAUAAGUCACCUUUUAACAACUUGAGACAAAAUUUGAGAGAAUAAGGCCCGGUUUACAUGGACUGAGAAAUCCUGUCCCUGGUAGAAGUCUUACCCUCCCACCCGAGUUUACUUUAAAGAGCGUUUAUAUGAGAAAAAUUUGACUCUUUUGCCCUUGCCGAGCCAAAGGUGCUCGUGCAGGCUCUGAUCGUCUAAAACAGCCCUCGCGCAUGCUUUGACUGCAAGAACAUCCAAGACCACGUGACUGAACAUCUCGUUCCCACGGCUUCGAUCCUUUUGGACAGUGUUGCGAGUCGAACUAUAGGCUGGGCGAGCCAGAAUGUUUAUAUGGAGAAAAGUUGCCCGGCUACGAGGGUGACUCUACCAUCACAAACAAAGCUUUUGGUGUUACUGGUGUUACUGGUCAGGAAGGAAAGGUACAAAAAGUUGGCUCGCCCAGGGAAGCUCAAAUAUCGUGCACUGAUCUCGUUGCCCCAUUUGAAUCAAGAUAACAGACUUAUGUAAUACUGCUUCUAACCUUAAGCAAUCCAAAAAGCUUGGAAUAAUAUUUAAAACGAAUCCAGGUUUACAGUUGCAAGAGGCGAGAAAACAGCCGACAUCUGGUGACGUUACUAAUGGUUUUCCCGCGAAAUGACGAUUGAGGAACGAGCGCUGAAAUUCCAUACUGCUGACGUGACACAUCCCAGAUCUGGGUAGCGCUUCUAAUUGGUCGUGUCGCAAAGGAAAAUUUACUCCAACCAAACAGAAGCUCCAUCCAGAUCUGGGUAGUGACACGUCAUCGGUAUGCAAUUUGCGUGCUCGUUUUUCAAAAACGACUUUUUCCGGCGCAAGUUCUUUAAAAAAUUUUCACUGGCCAGAUCAUGUCGAUUUGGAACUGAAAGAUUGAGGAGCAGUUUCCCAUUAAAUUUAUUGCGCUUAAGCAACUAACGAUAUGAUACAAUCACGAUACGGACGAUACGAUAUGAUGUGAUACAUGUUUCUCAAUGCAGGCAUCUGGGGUAGUGCAUUCACCAUACUUCUGCAACGGGUACUUCAUGAAGGAGAAGCCCCUCAGAAGACGAUUAAGAACAUGAAAAACACGGGUGACCUGAGAGACGAGCUGCGUAAGUAUCACAUAGUUCCCUUCUUCAAAGGAGCUUUGCCAAGGCUUUCUAGUUCCUUUUGUUGAUAAUAGCGACUUUAAGCACACCGCUAAGGCGACCUCUGCUACGGCGGCCGGAAGUAAAAGAGCCCAAAAAUGACGCACUGCGCAUGCUUGGAAAUGACCUUUCCGCCGAGUUUCACCGUAGCACGAAAUCCUACAACAUGAAGACCGGUCUUAUGGUAAUUGAGUAUAAAAGUCAACUUUUCUCCUAUUUUUUUUUUACAACCACUGGUUCGUAGAUUGUUUUUCAUUUUAUCAAGAAAGUAUUUGACACCCCUGGUUUUCCAGUAAUUACGUCUUCCUUGCGACUAACAGCGAAAGCAAGUGAGAGACAAACCCCGUAGUCAAGGACUCCGCAUCCACAACCGCCGUAGCAAUUUGCUUAAAUACCAACUACGGGUCAAUCUACGGGUCCUUAUUCGCUCUGAAACUUGAAAAAUUACUUGUUAAUGACAAAAUUCCAACGUCCUGUCAAGCACGCAUGUCUUUCAAGCAUUACAUCAAACCAUAUCAUAAGAUGUUACAAACGACAAAAAUGAAUUUAAAAUCUGUUACGCUAACAAGUUUUCAAAAACCACAAUUUCAAUCCGUUUCAAUCUUCUUCAAGUUUGUCCAUCCGCACUUCCUUUUGUAUGUGCUGUGUUUAUACCCUCUUUUAUUGUCUUGAGCGGUUUAAUUUUUAUGUUUCACUCAGGUUGCUAGCAGUUUCCACCGUUUGACUUUUGACUAUAAAUUUCGCGACAUAGUUCCUAUAAGUACUUCAUAGUUCCCUUCAUUAACCCUGUUAAACCUCUCACUCACUAUCAUGCUGAAUUUUUUAGUGGCGGAUCCAGACCUUCAGAUAGGAGGGCCCCCCGUUCUUCCAGACCCUGAGAUAAGGCGGGGCGGGGGGGAUCAGUUUGGUCUAAAAAUAAAGGAGGGGGCAGGGAGGCCGGGCCCCUUCCCUAGAUCCGCUACUGAUUUUAACACAUCUUAAGUGUUCUGCUUUCAAUACGUUAUCAAAGUGAAAGAGAUCGGAAGACUGAAAAAUGAUAGCCUGCGUUGCAGACUCCCUAAACCUUCUGUAUACAGCUACGCGACAAUCCCGAAAGGUAUUGUGGGUGGUUUUGAGUUCGCUGUACUUUAAAGAAAUUUGAACGUUAAUGGCACGAGAGGCCAUGGACUUAUGUUUGCGAGUUCUAAAGGAAAGCAAUAAAAGUAGGUUCGACAGCUGUGGUGUUAAGAACAGUGUGUUGAUCAUAUCCCAUAUUACCUUUCGGGAUUGUCGCCCCCACAUUUUUUCCGACAACCUUUCUGGAACAGCUGUAGACGAUGCGUGGGCUGGCUGCAACGCAGGCUAAAAAUGAAUAAAAGUUCUUUUGUCAAUAUCUCAGAUGGCGUGAUCAAUUCAGAUGAAGUUGACCCAGAUGAUGAGGAUGAGAGUGACGAAGAGCAUGAUUUGGAUGUUACAGACGCAAAAAGCGAGGAAGAACCAAUGGAACAAGAGAGCGAGGAUCACAGCUUCUUGAAAUCGAUGAUGGAAUCAUUUGUUGAAAAAGUCUCAUUCCUGAAAUCACGCGCUGGUCGUGCAGGUCUGGUGCAUAACUUCUUGCGUGGACUGCAGAUUAUGACUGCACCAAUCCCUUCUGGUACGUCAACUUCUUUUAUAGAUCCUUUACCGUAACUUGGUGUAUUUGUUUACCCAUGUUCACUCGCGAUGUUAAUAGAAAACUAUUUGAUUCAAAUAACGCACCAUUCGACACGCUGAUAUCAAUAAAUAAAGAAAAAAGAUAAACCCUUAAGAAGAUCGCAAGUCCUAAAAUGCGAGCAUGAACAAAUCAAUAAAUUCGCCAGUAAAAGUACAAAAGACUGUUACAUCUCCCAAUUUAAGCGCGUUUUCCGAUUGAACAAAGAACAUGUCACGAGCCACGAGACAAAACUCGUUAACUCCCCUGGGCGACACGUUAUCACGUGAUCCUUGGACCCUAACUCGGGACCAGACAAUGAGUGCUUAUUGACUCACAAGACAAUAAACUUUUACCACAGAGCCAAAAGAAGUCACUGAAACAGCUGCCCAGCUGGCAGUGAAGGCAAAGCGCCUUUUCUUGGUUGACAGUGGACUCAUGAUGAAUUCACCAUACCCUCUGCUGUUGAGACCGCAGCGAGAAGUGGAUAUUUAUCUAUCCUUUGACUUUAGCGCUCGGGAAAGGGAAGACAUGACCCCCUUUCAGGUAAGGCCUAUUGUUAUGACCCGUCAACAUUGUAGCAGGCAGCAUAUACAUUGGAUUCUGAAAAGUGAUCACUCAACACGAAGACCUUUUAUUUCGGCUCCAAAAUUCUUAUAUGACUCUUUGCUACGUAUGCGCACGGGCAGGGCACAAAACCUAGGAUCCCGAAUAACAACUAAAGCCCGGAUACAACAUGAAAUAGCACGAAAAAUCCAAAGAAUUGCUCCCGAUGUUCAUGAACUGACUCUAGCUUAUUGGAUACUUAACGAAUUACUUAAUUAAGUAUAUUUAUUACUUUUCAGUAGUUUAUAGCGAAGUAAACUUUUUUUUCAGUACAAAAAGGUUACCAAGACACAGAAUAACACCGUGCCACUACACAUUAGUUUAAACCAUUCAAUGGUUUUCGCAACAGGAACAAUCCUCCACUCAGUGUGUUUUAGUUUUAACCCCCUCGCGUAAAAUGACAUUAGAAUCGACCGAGCAUCAGGCUGUUCCUCCUUAAUCUCGUACCCAGACCGCCCACGGCCGAGGGAAACGGAGAGCAAGACAAUGCGGGGAGCUGGGUACAAGAUAAAUUUUUUCUUUCCCCUAUGGAAGGGCAAUGAUAACCAGUUAGGAUUUCAUCUCUAGCCGGGCCUAGACUUAACAAGUUGAGGAUUUUCUACUAGUUUUCAUUGUCUUUUAAAAUGCUAUUUUUCUAAGGAACUUCUACUGGCCGAGGAAUGGGCUAAGAAGAACAACAUCAAAUUCCCGCCAAUCAACGCCAAUGAACAGUACAACUUGUACGGUUUGAAAGAGUUCUACGUGUUCUCAGAUCCCAGUGAUCCAACUUGCCCCGUCGUGAUUCAUUUUGCGCUUGCCAACAACAAAUUUAAGGAGCAAAUUCGUCCAGGUUGGUUUUAAAGGAGUUCAAACACUCUAAAUGUCUCAAACUAGAAAAUAUGAGGAGUCUGGUCCGAGUGAAGGAUUGUGAGAGCGUUUGCGAGGGUGCGAGGGUGGCUGCGGUCAACUGUAAUGAAAUCAUGCUCGAUAUACCAAGCCAAGAGAGGACAUCCUCUCCUGGCCAGACGUUUUGUUUCUGCACGAAAAUGCGAGAGAUUUCCGUUUCUUUUGCGGUCCACAAACGACCCCACGAUCUCUCACUUGCACCAGACUACCCUUGCAUUCGCCAAUCCAAACACUGGGGUUGGGGAGGGUUCGAGGUCUCAUAGAGUAGAAUCCUUAUGAAGAUUGACUGUAGCACCUUUUAUUUAACCUCGUACCCAGAUCUCUUGUCGGCUUCGUCGACAAGAGAUCUGGGCACAAGAUUACCUUUUACUGCGAUAACCAAACCCUUUUUUGCUCUUUCUGUGGUAGGCGGGAAGAAAAAGAGGGAUCUCUUUCACCUCGUUUCCCGUCUAAAUGAGUCAAAACCAAGUGAACAAAACUCUAAGGCUAACACUGCAAUGAUAAUUUUCUCUCAGGAGUUCCUCGUAAAACCGCUGAAGAAAAAGACCUUGGUGAUUUUCUCAUCUUUGAAGACCCUGAAAGCUGGUACAGCACGUUCAACUUCCAUUACCCACCAAAGCCGUUUGAUCGCUUGGCAGAUUUGAACGAAUUUAACACGCUUCUAGGGGAACAAACCAUCAGAGAUGUCAUAGCAGAAUGUGUGAGGAAGCGACAGAAAGGAAAAGCAAUGAAUGGCGCAAAUGGCCAUUAAUGGACUCGUACAAUGAGUAGAAAAAAGAAGGACAGUAAUCAGUUGAAAGUUAAAAUGAGAGUAACUGAAUAGGGUUAGCAUGAGAUAGCAUUAACCCAAGAGUGAGAAGACGUUUGAUAUUUAGUUGUUUGAUCGUGUUUGUUCUGUGUGACCGCUAAACAAGUUAACACACGAAAAGUGACAUAUAAAGAGAAUGCAAGAUACUGACAAAUUACUAGGAAAUGUCUAGUAAAUUUACCUCUUCAUCUGGCGAAAUCAGUGUAUCAUGGAAGCAACACUUAAACAAGAAAUAAAAUGAGGG